AUGGAUGAAGAAUACAGUACCCUCGAUCUCAUAAGUCCUCUGCAGGAUAGUUGGAAGAUAAGAGUUAGAUUAAUUUGUGUUUGGAAGAAGCCUCUGUUCUCGAAUCCAUCGGAGAGUGGGAGCAUAGAGAUGGUGUUAAUGGACCAUUUGGAAAAUAAGAUUCAUGCAACCGUGAAGAGGUCAUUGAUUGGUAACUUUAUGGGGGUGAUCAAUGAAGGAUCUUUUAAAAUUAAAACGCAAUUUGGAGUAGCAUCAGAUUGCGGUAAUUUUAGAAUAACCAGACAUCCAUACAAAAUCAACUUUUCCAGGAACACACAAGUACGCCAUUGUAUCGAUCUUGGAAUUAGCCUUUACGGAUUUAAAUUCGCGUCUUUCUCCGAUCUAUUGGCUGGGAAACUUGAUGAAACAUGUACAAUAGAUAUUAUUGGGGAAAUUGUUACUGUCGGAGAUUUGAUUCAUGGCGACAGGAAUGGAAAGUCAUCACGUUGGGUGACAUUAGAAAUGCAGGAUUGCGAAGAUGUUAAGCUGACCGUCACAUUAUGGGAUGAGUACGCACAAAUCGUAACAGAUCACUUUGCAGGACGACCUGGUGGUUGUGUUGUCAUGAUUGUUCAAUUUGCAAGAAUACGAACAAAUAUGGUGACAAAUUCUUUGUUCUCUACCCGACUUUUCAUUGAUUCAGAAAUUGAUGAAAUUGUGGAGUAUAAGUCGAGGAUGGUGAAUGCUUAUGGGACCGAUGAUCCGAGUCGUGGGGUAUCUUACCUUUGUACACGAUCAUCCAUUUUUGAACCGGAUGAUUUUCUUACAUUGAACCCAAAGAAACGAAUUGAUGAACUAGAGGAUCUUAACAAGGCGGUUGAGUUAGAUGGUGGUGGUGUUCCUCUUCAGUCAUAUUACUAUUGCAACAAGUGUGACAAUAAUGUUUCAGCUGUGGUAAGGGUACUUGAUGAUAGUAAAAGUGCAUCCUUCCUGUUGUUUGAUAAGGACGUUUACAAAUGUAUCCGAAAGACUGCGAUGCAUGUGAGGGAAGACCUGUUGAAGGUUGAAAGUGAUACAUCGAAGGUUGAAGGUGAUAGGGCUAAGGUGCCAAAGGAGUUGGAGAGAUUGAUUGGUCAAAAGUUCAUAUUCAAAAUUGAGGUCUCUGAAUACAAUAUUGACAAUAAUUGGCCGGUUUACACAGUUUUACGGAUGAGUAGUGAAAUGUCAAUAAUAAAUGCUUUUGAGAGUUGCUCGUCAGUAAAUCAGGAUGUUGACGCUGAUGUUGAUACUUCUACUACAAAGAACACGAAUAUAACACCCCAAAGCUUGGCUGGGAAGGAUUCAAUAAAUUCAUGCACUGGAGAAGUUGAUGCAUGCACCGUCCAAUUGUUGUCCACUGCAACUAGCCCUUUGAAAAGGACACUGCAAUUUGAUGAGGAAGAUGCAACUGUUCAGUCAUCUUCGACUAAAGCAAAGAUUGAAUUGAAGCUUGAAAAAUCUUAG